ACCACAUUGCUUAGGUGUACACGUCAUCUUUCUCUUUUAUAUACUGCUCUUUUCAAAUAAUAAAGCUGUUAUAAUUCUUAAUAGUGGUUCAAUAAUUGUUUAACUUUCUGUUAUUAAAAAGCAACUUACCAAAAUGUUAUAUCUUGAAGAUUAUCUAGAAAUGAUAGAGCACUUACCUCAAGAAUUAAGAGAUAGGUUUACAGAAAUGCGAGAAAUGGAUUUAUCCGUUCAAAAUAACAUGGACACAUUAGAAAAACGUGUUCGCACACUUUUUGGUAGUUGUCGCCGAGGUGAAGUUAAUACUGACCAAGCAAACACAGAAUUUUCUGACAUUAAACGGGGUUAUAACAAAACACUUGAAGAGGCAGAUGAAAAAGUCACAUUAGCGAACCAGAUGUAUGAUUUGGUGGAUAGAUAUUUACGGAGACUGGAUACUGAACUUCAUAAAUUCAAGUGUGAACUGGAGGCAGAUAAUAAAGGAAUAACAGAGUUACUGGAAAAGAGAUCCUUGGAUCUUGAUACAAAUAUCAAUCAUACAUCCACAUCUAACAAUAACCACUACAAGGAUAACAAAUAUCGUAUUCGUGCUGAGAAAAGACGAGAAGCAAAUUGGGCUCCCCGCGACGCUAGGGCACAUACUAGCAACGGAAACCAUUCACGUACUGACACAGCUUUACAGGCUGCCUUGGGUCGUGAUUCCUAUUCUCUUGGUCAUGCUGGUAGUACUAUAGCCGCAGCAGCAAGUCAAGCUAUUGCUGCUACACAACAGAUGCAACAAGGUCGUCGCACGGCUUCCCUGAAGGCGUCAUACGAGGCGGUCGCUAGUGAACUGGCGCAUCACGCACAUCAUGACCACGGUCAGGCAUUAGCUUCACACUCUCAAAGCGCUUCUCACGCACACUCCACUACAACGGCUGUGGCUAACAAGCGGCAUAACAAGCAAAAGAAGAAUUCCUACAGUUCUAGCAACGUGUCUCUUCACACUCAACCAACGGCUGCAGUCGCAAGUCGUUCAUCGUCGCCAACUGUGGGUAUAAACACUGUGGUCAACAACGUUGCUAUCGAAGAGCCCAUGGAAGAAGAAUGGACUUACGACCCGAACGAACCACGCUAUUGUAUCUGCAACCAAGUGUCGUACGGUGAUAUGGUCGCCUGUGACAACCAAGACUGUCCUUACGAGUGGUUCCACUAUCCCUGUGUUGGUAUCACAGCACCUCCUAAGGGUAAAUGGUACUGUCCCCAAUGCCAGACCAAUAUGAGAAGAAAUCGUGCUCAUCGCAAGAACUAAUUACUCAAUCUAGCAACUUCAUCUGUACCACUAGUUAUUAAACUGAAAACAGAUAGUUUACAGUUUCUCAAUGAUAAACAUAUAUUGGCAGUAAGUUAGGUGUAUGAGUGAAAAAAUAUAAAUUGUCUAUGUUUUGUAGAAACCUCAUAUCAAGGUUAGUGUUAAUGGCCCCCACUGUUAACAAUUAUUAUUUUUACUACCCUUAGUAGGAUGUGUAAUGUGUAUGUUUAUUAACUUGUAAGACUAAUAAUUCUUGGGUGUGGAUUGUAAAUUAUGUUGAAUAGAAAUGUACACAAAACAGUGUCAGUGACUGCAUGAUAUAUAUUGUAAUGUUAAUUUAGCAAUAUUGUUUUGUGACUCAAAUGAUUGUAUUUCAUAUAAUUGUAUUAAACAUAUAAUUUUAAAGCGCUCCAGAGUGAUUUUUAGAUAUCCCACCCAAUACUUUACUACGCUUUAGAUAAUAUUAAUUAAGUAUAUUUACUCAUGUACUAUGUGUAGUAAACAAGAUUCAAAAAAUA